CAUGUCUGACCUUGUAUCCUACUUCAGUUUCACGUUGGUGGAUCUACCAUACUUCAGCAAUGAGUCAAACAUGUGAAUGGAAAAAUGAGGUUAUAAAGAAGCAGGCCCAAAAAGAACGAGAGAAAGACGUGGAAAAACGAUGGGCAGACGUGAUGUCUAAGAACGGUGAGGGAGCUCCUGAAUGGUUAAAAGAAGCUGCUAUGAAGAAAAAGCAGAAACAAAGUUUGAAACAGAAAGAUGAGAAUUUAGCUCCAUGGCUAAAAGAAGUUCAGAAGAAGAAUGCCGGCUUAGCAAGAAGGAUAUCCGAUGCCACAAAUUGUGAAAUUGAAAGUAAUCUGGGCUGAAAUACGGAUUUGGUGCGUUUUUCUCUUUAUUACGAUAGUUUGAUUUGUUUUUGAACGAACGGUAAAUUAAAUUGUUCAAUAUCAUGUGAAUUCCACACAGAGAUUAACUAUACUACAAACAUACAUAUACGUUUAUUAUCAUGAUUCUUUUCCUUGUAUAUUAUUAUUUGCGCUUUAUUUAAUAACCUGAUUUGUGGAAAUCCAGAAUAUUUUCCUAACACGUGACUUUCAUUUCUUGAGUUUACCAUACACUGAACAUGUAAGCCCAAAUCUUCAUAAAUAUCCAAUUGAAUUUUUCAGUUCUUACCAAUUUAUCUUCACAGUUAAAAUUACGAGUCAAUCUAAGCUAAACCAUCAUUGGGAAUCUAGAAGCACUGGACGACCGUCUCGUCUUAUUAUGGGACUUGGAACCAGGUCAUUCGACCUAUCGUGCGGAUACUCAAAUUCUAGACAACGACUAGCGUCGAACGGCGUUAGUGUCUAACUUCAGUAAAUCAUAAUCUUGCGCAACCCUUCGUCGAUUCGCUGUGGUGGUCAUGGCUUCUCACCAGAACUCUACGACUUACAUCUAGCCGGUUACUAGUAAGGGGGAGAUUGUAGUAUUUCCACACUUGGAUUCCACAUGUGAGAUUUUGGACACUCACUGUUGAGUUCUUUACUAAGACGAGACGGCCAUCCAGUGAUUCCAGGUUUUCAAUAAUGGUCUAGCUUAGAUCGACUCGUGAUUUCAACUGUUAAAUUAUUAAAAUCUCCACAAACUGCUCAUACUGAUAACUUACCAAUUUAUAUCUGCAUAUAAAAUAGUAUUGACUGAGGUUUCCCCUCGGUCAUUGUUUCAACCCUGUCCAUACAUUUUUUGGUGUCAAUAGCAUGUAUAUUUACCUACCUCCGAAUAUUUAAUUGAUAUCCAGACUAAUUCCUGAGCAUGAUCGUAAAAUCUUUUGAUGACUAAUGCAGGUUUUAAGUGCAGUUUAUAUAUGUCUAAAGACACUUGAUAUAAGUUAGUGUGAUAAUUAGAAGUAUUUGAAUUAUAGUACGUACUAGGAAUACCUGAAAUAACUUAAUUUAAAUGAAGCGGAACUAGGUGAGCACAUACGAACGUAUUGUAUUUGAAAUUCGAAAUCAGUCAUAAAUCAAGUGCAAAGGAAUCAUUAAUUCACACAUACAUCAGUUAUUCUCUGUAGAUCAUAUCAAGAAAUAUAAUCUAGAAACAAAGUCGACGUACAAUACAUCAGAAUAUUUCACUUAAGUGACUUUAUGGUAAUCGUGUUUCCAAUGAUAUAUGUAUAUUGGUAUACUUAAGAGGGAUAAUUUAACAAUAAAUAGUUUGUUGCACUACCUAUGGCGUGAAGUUCCCUAAAGUGUUUUAUUGCCAAGUCUUCAGCUCUACAUUACUGGCCAAUUGGUGUAAGAAGUUCAAUAAUUUCAAGCUGUUUUACUUAUCGUUGAGACACAUCAUGUAAGGGAUGCUACUCGGCUACAUAAACAAGUAAAAAAAAUUAGUUAUAACCAUAAACAUUAGUCGAAAGUCGUUUGGAGCGAAUGGUACUGGGUUCGAGUCCCAGAAAGAACAUUAACUCUGAGAUGCGGGUACAUCCAGCUGACGAGUUCCAAAUAGGAUUCCACUGCUAUCCACUAUAUAUAUUUGCUUACAAAGCUUGUGACUUCAAGCAGUAUCAAGGCAGUCCGCACAGGAUGCACAUUUGCUAACAAGAGACUGAUCAAUUGCAGUCCUAAAUAACAAUAGGAAGAUGCAAGUGAAUAGCUCUAUACCCAGAUUACAUAUCUUUCGCAAAUUUAGCCUUAGAAUGUUCUUUUAUCUUCGUUCUCAUGUUUUUUCAUCUUCAUUUACUUAUGUUGACUGGAUAACAAAAGAUUCAUUUCAGGUGUAUUUUCUAGCGUAAUCACAUUUUUAAAUUCAAACCAAUUACUUAUAUUUUAAAUAUAUGUGUUUUUGACUGCACUGUAGGACCACAUCUGUUUUAUGUAACGCGGAUUUUAGGUAACAAACGUAGUAAGGUUUGUCUUACCUUAUUCAAGCUAUUCCCAUAAUACUACUGAGCUGUAUGGUAUAAGACGUUAGUUAAACCAACACAAUACAGUUCUUGAGAAGAUAGUUUAUGUGGAUGCUUAAUUAGCAUUACUUUCACUUAACUACAUGGUUAAAUCGAGAAACUUAAAUUAAUGUCCUGACCAGGAUCAUCAGUGUUUACUUCUUAUAGGUGAGCUUUUGGAUAUUAUUCCAUAAUUGCCUAAUUAGCUCUUUCUGACUACUUUUAUCGUGAUUGGUUGUCUUCCUGGGUUUUAUUAUAUUAAUUGAUCUUUGUAUUCCAUCUGACUAUUUUGUAAGUGACAAUUUUGUCCAGAAAGUUUCAUUAAAAUUCCUUUUUCUCGCUUGUACAUCUGACCAUUAAAUUGGGAAUGUGUUGUACUGCAUAAAUCUAUUAACGCUACUAAACUUGACCCCUACUAUUUUGUGUACUGAGAAUAAUUGGUCCUUGUUUUGCAAUUCCAAUGCAUCUUUGGUAAGAUUUGCUCGUAUUAAAGUAAACAGGUCCGUGAUAUCGAUUAUUCACAAGUUACACUCCAUUUUAUUAUAUCUGGGGUUCAAAUGUGUAAUUGAUUCAAACAAACUUCGGGAAAACUGUUGUAAUCUAUUAAUAAAUAAAAGGAUGGAUAGUGGUACCACUCGUCAAAAGUUCCGAACGAUAAUUGGUUUCAUAUUUAUCUGUUUAUAAAAUAUGCGCAGCGAUUUGAUAUUUAAAUUUAAUGUCAAUAAAUAUAUGUGGCUGUCUUUACUUGUAAUAGUAGUUGUUUAAUUCGAUUUACAUCCAAAUCACAUAGAUCGUGUGAUAAUACACAUGACUGUUAUUAUUAAGGUCACAUUCAUACAUGUUCAGUAGUCAACAUAUCGAUGUAUAUUAAGUUGAUACAUUAGAAUUUACUAGCAUGCAUCGAAAUGCAAGUCAAUUCUGAUAAGAAUAUGGAUCUGGUAUUUUAUGUUAUGAUUCAUUCAUGCUGAUUAACUGGACAGUUAAUAGCUUGAUAGUCCUAUAAUCUGAAUUAAGUUUCGACUACAUUUAUGCUGUCUCAACAUACACUUACUGCAAUUUCACAUAGUUUAUAUAAGUGUCACUUUUUUAGAUACAAAACGAUCUCGUUUUCUGGUCAGUUGCUUAGUCUUUUGACAUCUGUUCAUUGGGUAGCGGUUUGUGUUUGUAAUCCAGUUUUUCUGAUUAAUUGUCACCCGGACACUACUCACGUCAACUCAGGAGACUGAUCUUAAUCCGGUCCGAUGUAACAGUGAUAUGAUCUUAUCAGUUCUGUCCUUCCGAUUUCCAUUCUUAAAUAGCCCCAGAUGACAUUCAAACAAUCGCGUAUUCUCAUACACAACAUUUCAGACUACCACUGGCUAAUGAUUGAUGUCGAUCUGAAGUCAUUUAGUAGGAACUAUCGACCUUAAGAUCUGAUUAACGGUCACUAUAUCUUAGACUGAAUUUUCUGGUUACAUCGUGAUGCUUAUGGUGGAGUGUCGUUCUCUGAACUGGGUAGUUUAAUCGAGUAGCUUUCAUUGUUGGGAAGAACAGCUAAGCCGUCCAGCCACAAAUCUUCACUUUGUAAUUAACUGAUAUUGGUGAUUUUCUGAUAAUACGAAUGAUUUUUCUAUUCUCAAUUGUGCCUUUUUUUCUUCCAUAACAUUUAGUAAACCAUCACUUAAAUAAGCAAUUUUUACCUAACACUUUAUAAUUUCGAUUUGUUAUCUUAACGUAAUAUUUUCAUUUUACAGCAGUUAAUCAUUAUUUUUGUUAUUUUAAUGAGGAAACAGUUGUAAUGCAAUAUGUAACAUGGUCCCACAUUACAGUCCGAACAAUCACACUCGUAAUUAUCAAACUAAUAUGUUGAUAUUUGACAAUAAUUCAGUAUGUCUGUGUUUUGUCUCCCUACGCAUUAUGGCCUUUAUUCUUCUCUAGCUCUACUAAGUACUUUAAAGAUUUGUAAUCAUCUAGUGACCUCUCAUAGUUUUGGAUCAGACAUGAUAAAAAGUUUUAUCACUAAGGCGGCUAUCUAAAACAGAUAUAUGCUGAUUACCAGGCGAAAAUUCAUUUGACCUAAAGAUGUUCGGUGUUAUUAUAACCUACAAUUACACAGCACUUUGCUCUCUGUUAAACUCCAUCCCAACUAACAUAGAAGAUGGGGUGGGAUGGUACUUGAUAGUGAGUAAUCAGGUAAAAAAAGAUAUCAUUAUUAUUGAUCACGUUGACGGAAGACUAAUGGUGGGUAGAAUAUAUUCAAAUAGCAGGUAUGAAAUAUUUAGACAUAUAAUCUAUGUUAAAAUAGAACAAUUCGAUAAAUAUUCAUUAUAUUCCCUUCAUUAUUAAUCCACUUGAGAUAUGUGGAGUAUGUGACGAUGAUCGAGAUCCGUGAAAUCCAGUUAGUCUUCGUAUUUUAAUAAAACAUCAGAAAUGAAUAUAACAGAACUGAUGUACUUCAAAAGUUACACAUAAGGUAACCAUCAAACUUGAUCACCAAUUCUUCGAAGAAUAAAUAUGAUUUCCAAGUUAAUGCAGUUUUACAUAGUAAAAGGAGCAGCAGUAACUGAAAUGAACAAUGGAAAUAACAUUUUAUUCUUUACUGAACUCGGAUUAGAAUUCAGAGAUUUCAAAUUAAAGUGUGUCCUAUUUUCUUAACUUGUUAUAUUCUCAACAAAAUACGAAUAAUAAUUCCUUUUCUG